ACAGCUACAUCUGUCCCUUUAACCGGCACUACAGUCGUUCGUGUUCCGUAUUCUUCUGUCACAGCAGCAUGUCCACCAAUGUCUUCUUCUGGUGCUCUUGCAAAAGCGCUGAGUAUUCCUGUCAUUAUACUCGGUAAUGCUGGGGUUGGAAAGACAUGUUUGAGUUUUCGCUUUUGUAAUGGAAGGUUCCCUGCGCAAACUGAGGCCACAAUUGGUGUUGAUUUUCGUGAAAGGUCUCUUAUUUUGGACGGAGAAUUAAUACGGGUGCAACUGUGGGAUACGGCAGGUCAGGAGCGGUAUCGGCAAUCAAUUGUUUCUCAUUAUUAUCGUAACGUUAAUGCCGUAGUUUUCGUUUAUGAUGUUAGUGAUCCUGGUUCUUUUCAAGCGUUGCCCGGUUGGAUUGCGGAAUGUAACAAACAUUCUGUUACAGCUUCUAAAGAUACCCCACACAUACUAAUUGGCAAUAAAUGCGAUUUAAAAACAGAGAAUAGAGUAAGAACUGAUUAUGCUCAGGUGAGGUUUGGUACUGCAGAUUCUGAAGCAGAUCAUGUGGAAUCAAUUUUUAUGACUUUAGUUCAUAAAUUGCAACAAAGUAAGCCUAUGCAUGUGCAGAGCGAUGAAGAAAGGAAGAACAAGGAGGGAAGGCUUCUACUGAAAGCUAAUGAAGCUGCGCAGCUGGAGGAAGAAGGUUGGUGCUGCUGA